AUGUCUGUUGCAGCCCAGGUGCCGGAGAUUCCGCGGGACUACCACUAUGUACCGGGCUACGCCCUGGUCAGGCUACAUCGCACUUUCAAGCCGUGGGCCGCAGCCAAGAAGGUCUGCGAGGAAGAGGGGGCGCAGCUUGCGGUACCUCCAGACCGCUACGCAUACGACGGGCUGAAGCAGAUCUUCUCCAAAGAGAAAGGGAUAUGGUACGCCUACGUCGGGAUCUCAGAUCAAGUCAGCGAAGGCGUAUUCACUGGACUGGAUGGUCGUCCGGUAGGGUACCCGCCGUGGCAGCCUAACGAACCCAACAACGACAGAGACGAGGACUGCGUCGACGUCCGCGACGACGGCCUGGUGAACGACGAGCAGUGCAGCAACCCGGCGCCGUUCUUCUGCGAGCGCCGUCUGUCGGUGGGCGUACCGGAUACCUACACUUGGUUCUCAGAGGCGGGGCGCUUCUACAGAGUGCACCGGGAGAAGAAAGCGCACGCGCAGGCAGCCGAAGCCUGCCGCUCUGAGAACGCGACGCUGGCAGUGACCGACACCUGGAGCCGGGGGCUGGCGCUGGUGCGCCAACUCGAGCUGAACAACGACUACUACCUGAUAGGCUUCACGGAUGAAGCUGUCGAGGGCGACUUCGUCACUGAGACAGGAAGGCAUCUGAGAGACAUGGAGUUCCAGGUGUGGGGAGUUAACGAACCAACCAACUUGGGCCAGGGGAAGCCCGAACACUGCCUGGCUCUGUCAGGCUUUGGGACCUACAACGAUGUGCGCUGCGACUUGGAGCUACCCUUCAUCUGCGAGAUAGCGCCCAUAUAGUGAGCUCACAGGUCUGAGGGAGCAACCGGCAUUCUCCCUGCCUACCACGAAUAAGAACAAAUUAUGCGAAAAGCGUGGAUAACCUCUCCGAUACUGCAAAGCCGACUAAAGUACAGAGCUAGUUGGGUAUAUGUGACUUAUGAUUAAAUAUUUCACUACAA